UUUAAGAAGAAGCAAAUAGUCCAGUUGUUGGGUUACGUUUAUCUUUGCCUCGUAAAGAAAACGUCAAAAAAGUGCGAAAUACAGCGAAUUUUCUGGCGAAAAUUGGUAAAAACCGUAUUUAAGUAUAUACCGGUGCAACAGUCGAUUAGUAAAUUAUUUGGUAUUUGUGCGAACUAAGUAAAAAUUGCAUUUAAAAAAUUUGCGCGUUCACGGUUCGUUCAGCGUGGCGUGUGUAUGUAUAUAUGUGUGCGUAAUAUACCUGCUAGUUGGUUUGAUUCGCUGUCUCAGUGCGCAAGGAGAGCAAGAGAGAACUCGCUACUUCGAAGCGAAGCAUUGCAACUGAACGAAAACAUUGCAAAAUCCAAAUAAUUGUAUUUUGUAAGCAAUAUUAUUAUCAAUACCGCUAUCAAAAUGUCUGACGAGACCAGCAUACAGAAACCGGAAGUAGAGGCCGUUGCAGAGGCGAAGGCUAACAACGAGGAAGAUGCAUCAAUUCAACCGGCGGCGGAUGAGAAGAAGACACCCAAACGCACGCCCAAGCGUCGCUCCUUCAUUGAGCGGGCUCAGCGUGAGAGUGAAGAGCUGGUGCGGACAAUGGGCGGUACUUUGGAGCUAGAAGGCGGACGACGCACUCGAUCCAGUACUCGCGGUACACCGACGCGAGCCGCUGAAACCGUAACGCCGCCACCGAGCAAAAAGGCGCGCACAUCACCAGCGACGACUAAGAGCGGCGGACGGGGACGUGGAGCACGCAAAUUGGAUAUAGGCGGAGGUGAGGAAGUUGAGCAAGAGACAGCUAAAUCCAAGCCCGCCGAAGCGGAGGAGCAGGAAGAGCCGGUGCAGGCAAGCGAAACUGUGAGGCCAAAUGUUGCUGCAAAGAAAGGAAAGAAAGAAGAGAAAGGUCAAAAGGCUAAGGGAGUUGUUGUAAAGGACAAGGUAGAUACCAAGAGCAAAGACGAUUCUGAAACUAAAGACACGGAAUCGAAAGUGAUUGCGUCCCAAACCACAGAAUCAAAGGAUCAGCCAGACUCUGCUGCCCAGGUGCCUGCAGCGCAAGAAGAUAAACAAAACAAUGUUGUUCACGACAAAUCAAAUACAAAGGAGCCUGAAGUGAAGGAGAAAACGCCUGAGCCAUUGGCAAAACCCGAGGAACCAGCUAAAGUUGAAAGCCCACGGAAAAGUGAUGCUGCUGCCCCAGAUUCUGCCUCAGCCAUGGAAGUGGAUGACGAAGAAAAACAACAGCCUGCCGCUGUUACAACAUCUUCCGAUACUUCUGCACCUGCUGUUAUUACAGAAACUAUUGACGGAAAGAAUGAAUCAAAAGUAUCCCAGGAAACGGUGAGCAGUGAAGAACCGAAAGUUGAAUCCGCUGAACCCGCCAAGCAGCAGACACCGGAACCAAUGGAGGUAGAUUCGAGUUCGAAAUUUAGCACCGAAACUACCAAGACCGUGUCACCCGUUAAGGAGGUUGUGCCAGUAGCAGCUGCCGCCGCAGCCGUCGAGUCUGAAUCAGUUCAGACGAUAAUAAGCAAUAACGAAGUCGUUGAAUCGGCUAUCGAAGUCAAAGAGGAUGCACCAGCCGUACCGGAGAAGGAGGCAAAUGCUAGCGAAAUCGAAAGCACGUCAGCAGAGAACAGUACGACUAAAGCUGAUGAAGCACCUGCAAACAAUGAUGUUAGCAAACUAUCUGUGCCGGUUGCCCAAGCCGAUACCGUGGUAACGGAGUCGCCACCAGCAGCCGUUAAGGAGCCUCAGGCCAACAGUGAAAACAAGUCCGAGCACAAUGACAAUGGCGAACCGAAGAUAGUUAACAAUGCCACCGAAGAUGGUGAAAACCAUGUAACGCCGCAGGCUUGCAAUUAAGCAGAAGCAAUAUAAUAAUAAUGAUGAUGAUAAUGAAAACCAAUAACUAUAGCUCGUGCCGAAAGUGUACAAGUGUAACUUCGACUCGAUUCGACAAGUUGCCGCCAACAAAUAAGCAAAUAACUAGAGUUUUAUCAAAAACUAUGGCGCGCAUAGAUUUAAUUCUGUUUCCAUUGUCAAGUUUUCUUUUUAUUCUCAAACCACAAAAUGGUACGAUUGCAAUUCACUAACCAUCUUCCAGUCUUCGGCUUAAUUAUUUUAUGUCUUAGGCUGUAAUCGAUGCUGGAUUUUAAAUGCUGAUCUGUGUGCGCAAUAUAUAGAAACAAACACAUACAGCAAAUAGAAACUAACACACGUAGAUCUAACCCGCCAACACACCCCCAGCCCCCCUACACACACACACGUACACAUUGUUAAAAGCAUCCAACUAUAAAUAAUAUGUAUGUGUAAAUUUAAUUAAAUUGGAAACAAAACAAAUACAUUAUUGAGAAAUGUAUGUAAAAUAGAUGUUUUUAAAUUAUAAGACAUAAUCUUUAAUACAAGUCUAAUUUUAAAACCGAUUUGGACAACACUCAAAACCCCAGAAAAGAUUUUUAAACAACUGAUGCGUCGUUCAAGAAUUUAAGUACAUAAGCAUUCAACUUUACCAAUGCCAUUCACACUUACCUGGCUAUUCACAAUACAUAUUACGUAUAUAUCUCUACUUAUUUUUUUGUUUAAUUUCUAUAUAAUUUUUCGUAUUUUGAACACCGCUCACAUAAAGCAUUUAGUUUUUAACGUUUUGUCAUUAUGUAAUUUAAACGGAUAAACCUAUAUCAGAUAACGCAUCAAUUGUAUUCCGCAUAGAAAUUGCGAAGUGAAAACAAAAGUCUUUUCCACAAUCUUAACUAAAUUACGAGUAGUACUUUAAAAUUUUUCAAUGAAAAAUGCUAUAUAUAAACAAAAACACAAAAAAAAAAAAACAAAAAAAAAACAACCAACACAAGAGCGUAAAAAUACUUUGGAACUCUUUUUAUAACUGAAACAAUCAGCCGAGGCCGUUUUUGUAUGUAGCUGGAUACUUUCUGUGUAAGAAAUUCUUCAUUUAAAUAUUCUUUUGUAAAUAAAUCUUUUAAAAAUACAAAAGAGAGAUAA